AGGCUGUCAAUCCUUUUAAAGCAACUCGUCUUCCUGUACCUUGAUCUGCACUCUCUCUCCCUUCUCUUUCCAAGCCCUAAGCCGCCAUCACCAGCAUCGAAACCCAUCAGCUCUAAGCGGCCAUGGAAUCUAUAAAGAGUGUUUGUCUCGUAUGUUUUUAUCAGCGCCAUCAGACACUAAUCUUCUCUAUCCACUAUGUCGCAAGUCUCCAUAUGCUUUCAUCAGCACCAUUCGACGAAAAGAACUAGGGCUUUGAACCACUUCUCAAUAAAUUUUUCAGAGAGAUCCAACAACUCCUCUCACGCAAAACACCUUCGAUUGAAGGUUAUGUGACUCCUUACAUCAUCGCCAUUCGAUUGAAGCUAUUUUAGCAGACUCCGAUCGCCUUCAAUCCAAACUCCAAUCAAAAAUAGCAUCUCGCAUGUCUUCUCAGCUCUCCACUCCUCCAUUUCACUGGGGGCCCUGGAGAGUAGAGGAAAGGAAACAAUAUCCAUUACUCUGUAGGAGAUUAGCUAGCCUAAACGAAGAGUUCAUUUCACAUAAAAGUCCAACAGGUGGGUUCGAUUUCAUCUCCAGGAAGAGGAUUGAACAAAAACUCAUCGAUUACAAUCAAGAAGCAGAAAGAUUUGGGGUUCUCUCUAUAGUAAGCCACAAGCUGAUUGGGUCUGUAAUGUGGCAUGGGCUAAAGGGGGUCAACGCAUAUCUGUAUCAUGAGUCCCAAGCUGCUUGUUUCAAGAAAGCGAGAGAUGAUCUAUACAUGGUUAAAGCAUGGGUUUUCUCUCCACAAGUCAAAGUUAUUAAGUCUGACAUUCGUGAGGAAGAUGUGUUGAAGGAGAAAGAUGCUUUUGAGGAUCUUAAGAAGCUGGCAGCCAAGUCACUGACUGAGACAGUUAAUCAGUUGAUUGGCACUGUUAAUCAGGUGAAGGAGGAUGAAAAUGCUGAACAGGCGACCCGACCAUCAAGAGUCACUGAUGCGGUCAAACAUCGGGCGACCCGACCACAACAGAUGACGUGA